UAGUAGCUCCUCCGUCUGGUUAAAGAAAAUUACCCAACCAAAAAUCGACACAUAUCUUCAUCUACCUGGCUAACAUUUGCUUGCAAAACCUAGAAACGAGCCCAUCAGUUCUCGCCUGCGUAAGAGUAAUUUCCCUCCGUAAACAGUUCGGUUCGUUCCUCAAAAUCCAAUGGCGCUCUCACGUUUCAGGAUCACCGUUUCAAAAUUCUUGCCCAACUCGACCUUCCAUGGCUUUACCCAUUCUAGCCUCGCAAAAUCUCGAUUCUCCACUCCCAGUCGCUCCUCCUCCUCGAACACCAACACCAACUCCAAUUCCAAAUCCUUCCGCGAUCGAUUAGAGAGUACUCUGAACAAAGCUGAAGAAGCAGCUCUGCAGUUAAGGACACUCCACAAGGAUUUUAAGGAACUCAAAGAUUCAGAUCUUCUUGCUCUUCAAGAGCUGGGUAAGGCUCUUAGUCCGGGUGUUCUUAUAGAGAAGGGAAGUAUAUUUCCAUUUGAAGACAGAGAAGAUGAAGAAAAUCGAUAUUUCAAGAUUGAUAUGCCUGGUAUUGGAAAGAGCGGAUUGAGGGUUUGGAUGAAGAAGGAAGAAUUGCAUUUCAGUGGUGAAGAAUUGUGGAGGGGAACUGAGUCCAAUCAUCCUUAUGGUUUAAGAAAGUUCUCCGGUAGUUUCUGCAUUGAUUCCGCUCGAUAUGAGACGGACAAAAUCAAGGCAGAAAUCAAGAAUGGAGUGCUUAGGAUUGUGAUUCCAAAGAUCAAUCAAGCCCGAGCUAGAAGAGGCAAAGGUGGAAGAUCGAGUUGAUGCUAGUUUAAUUUUUGCUAAUCUUGGAGUUGAUGUUUUCAGAUUAGGAUUAACUGAAGUUGGCAUUAAGUAGUAAUUUAUUGCGGUGAAUUGAACCACAGAAGUGAAUCACAAGCAGCCAUAGGUUUUCCUAAAGCAAGUUGUUACAAAUGAUCUAAAGAACAAUUUCAGAGAAUAACAACUCUCCUUCAUUUCACUACUGAAAUGAACAUCAUCAUCUUCCUCCUU